AAUGACGCUAUUUUCGUUAUUGCGUAAUGGCGUCAUCACCCAAUGACAUCACAACGUCAUUUAGCAACUUUUAGCAACAAAUCGACCUGCCUCUAGCAACUUUCCCUGAAAAUUUGUUGGUAACACUGCUCCCGAGUGUGUGAAAGUGUCUCUGUCUGUUUAUAACUUCCUUCAAACGAAGACAAUGAACAACCUAAUUCGGUCGACAGUUCGCUGUCUUCGGUUGAGUUCAUCGGUCUAUCCACCGAAGCAAGUUGAUGGACAACAUGCAUCGUUGGUGUCCUCGGCCCGGCUCAUGUGUUCUGCGGCCUUACAGAAAGACCUUGGUGAUAUGGUGAAGAAGGACAAGGUGGUGGUGUUUAUGAAAGGGACGCCUGCCCAGCCAAUGUGUGGUUUCAGUAAUGCCGUGGUUCAGAUACUGAGGAUGCAUGGUGUGAAUGAAUAUGCUGCAUAUAACGUGUUGGAUGACCAGGAUCUCAGACAAGGAGUGAAGGACUUCUCCAACUGGCCCACGAUCCCACAGAUAUUCUUAAAUGGAGAGUUUGUGGGCGGCUGUGACAUCUUCCUACAGAUGCACCAGAAUGGAGACUUGGUAGAGGAGCUCCAGAAGCUUGGGAUCCGCUCUGCGCUGCUGGACGCUGAGAAAGAAUCCAAGUAGACAAACCAGUCGGUCGGUUUCCAGUGUAGAGAAAGCUGGUGGUUGACUUAGCCCCAUAACCCCCUAGGCACUUGUGUAGAUCUUAGAAGAUUUGUUAUAUGUACGUGAAAGCGCACCUUUUUCAGCCACAUACUGAAUGUUUUCAGAAGACACUGGCAAGGUGAAGCUACAAGCAUGUUGUGCAGGUAGCUUAGUGGCUAAGAGCAUUGUAACCCAAAAGGUUGCUUGUUUAAAUUCCUGAGCCAACUAGCUGAAAAAUCUGUCGAUGUGCCCUUGAGCAAGGCCCUUACACCUAAUUGCUCCUGAAAGUCUGCUAAAUGACUAGACUGUUCUGUACAUAACCAUCUAUUUCAGAUCUACAAAAGAGCCUGGGGGCUAAGGGCUGAUUUGGGAUUGGGUGUAUGAAAUGUUGCCCCUUCCACAAGUCCUAUAAGAAGGUGUGUAAUACAAUAGAACCUGCAGAAGACCAAACUGCCCUCAGGUGCCUAGGAUAUGAGAUAUCAAACCAGCCAGGGGAUCCCUUCAAAACGUACUGCCUGUAUACGUUUACUGUUUGACUGCAUUAUUCCACAAACAUGUUCUCGCUAAAGCAUUUAGAGCCGCUCAAAUGCAACAAUCCACAUCUUUCCUUUCUUCCGCAAUAUGAUCACUGAUCCAGUUUAAUUAUAUAGCGAGAAGUAGUGUGAUGAAGCUUGCUUUUGUCAAGUCAAUAGUCCCAUGUGGAGGAAGGGAGAGUACACAUUAAAACAAUAUUCAAACAGGACUACUAGACUUCCUGACAAUCAGUACAUCAACAUUUCCAUCUGCUGCAUACAUACAUUUAUGUUAUCUAAUGCUCAUGUAGUACACUGUAUAUUUAAGAUAUUGUACAUUGAAAUAUUAUUACAUGUAUUUUAGGUGCAUGUAAACUCUCAAUUAAAUAUUUUCCCACA